CAAUUAGAGUUUUUUUUUCCCUAUUAGAAAAGAAGACCUCCCAGGCAGGACUGGUGGGCUACCUGUCCUCGUCGUGACGUUUUUCCCGCCUGCUUCUUAACGUUUUAAGACAUCGAGGGUGAUCGGAGCACAAACGGAGUUAAACUUGGAAGACAAGAAACAGGCUUCUCUGACUCCUGCAAUCAUGAUGUCCAUGAACAGCAAGCAAGCUUUCAGUAUGCAUCCGAUUCUCCACGAGCCCAAAUACACACCUCUGCAUUCCAGCUCGGAGGCGAUCCGGCGGGCAUGUCUGCCCACACCAUCGCUGCAGGGAAACAUCUUCGCGGGUUUUGAUGAGACGCUGCUGCAGAGAGCCGAGGCUUUGGCCGCGGUGGACAUUGUGGCCCAGAAGAGCCACCCGUUCAAGCCAGACGCCACGUACCACACCAUGACCACGAUGACGAGCAUGACGGGCACCCCGACGUCCUCUCCGGCGCACCUACACCACCCGUCGGUGCUCACAUCCCACCAUCACGCACACCACCCGCACCACCACCAUCAGCCGGCUCAGGGCCUGGAGGGAGACCUGCUCGAGCACCUCUCCCCCGCCAUCUCGCUCGGCGGCAUGCCCACCGCUGCGGACGUGGCGUCGGGCGCGUCGCACGCACACUCGCACAUGGCCGCGGCCAUCAACCACGCGCAGCACCAUCACCACCCGCACGCACAGGCUGUCAACAUGCACCACCCGCACCACGCCCUGGCCGCGCACGCCUCCCUCGCCAGCGCCGGCGUCGUGCCCGGGGAUGCCGAGCCUGACCCGCGCGAGCUCGAGGCGUUCGCCGAGCGCUUCAAGCAGCGACGCAUUAAGCUCGGCGUGACGCAGGCGGACGUGGGUGCCGCACUCGCUAACCUCAAGAUCCCCGGUGUCGGGUGCCUGAGCCAGAGCACGAUCUGCCGCUUCGAGUCGCUCACACUGUCGCACAACAACAUGGUGGCACUGAAGCCCAUCCUGGAAGCGUGGCUCGAGGAGGCCGAGAGGGCGCAGCGCGAGAAGAUGGCCAAGCCCGAGAUCUUUAGCGGCGGGGACAAAAAGCGCAAGCGCACGUCCAUCGCAGCGCCGGAGAAGCGCUCGCUCGAGGCCUACUUCGCCGUUCAGCCGCGUCCUUCGUCCGAGAAGAUCGCCGCCAUCGCCGAGAAGCUCGACCUCAAAAAGAACGUGGUGCGCGUUUGGUUCUGCAACCAGCGGCAAAAACAGAAGCGCAUGAAGUUUUCGGCGACGCACUGAAACAAAAAGCGCGCUCGUUUUUCACGGACAGCGAGGAACCCUCAGACAUCCCAAUAUCCCCAAAAUAAACAAACAAACAAACAAACAAAAAAAAUCAAUUAAGACAAAACAAGACAACCCUAAAAACAAAACAAAAAAACACCGGGCUACAGAUCUCACGCACGGAAGCGGACCGGGUCCUCUGGGGAUGUCUGCAUGCAGGAGCGCAGCGAAGAGAAGAAAAACACGGCUAUGAACAGCUAUGAAACUGGAAAGAAAUGAAUCACUUAUUGUACAAAAAAUGGAAAUAGAAUAAUAACAUAUUCUCUUAAAUAACUCUUUUAUAUUGAUUCAUGUACAUAACUGUGAAUACAUGACACCUCUGUGAAGAUCACCUCGUCAUUUUAAGGUUCUUGUUCUUUUGUCUUUUUUUUCGAAAAAAAGGGUUUUAAAGGUUUGACAUUAAAACUUUAAUUUCAUACAAGUCAUUCUGUUUCGGAGAAACAGACUCGAGCUCAGUUACAGGAAGAAAUUCCUGACAUCCACUGCAUGGGUUACUUUAAGGCGAUUUUAUUAUUUCCAAUUCCCCGGUUUAAACGCAUCGCAAUAAGAGCGAAAUAUGCACAGGCGGAGGCACACACACACACACACACUCUCUCUCUCUCUCUCUCUCUCUCUCUCACACA